AUGGCCAUAUAUGGUGUCACUAAUGGAAUUGACACAUAUGUUGUUAACCUCAAGCAAGAGACUUGUGCAUGUAGGAAAUGGGAUUUAACUGGCAUCCCUUGUAGCCAUUCUAUCACAUGUAUUUGGCAAAACAAGAAAAAACCUGAAGACUAUGUUUCUGAAUAUUACAGGAAGGACACUUUCAAGAACAUCUACUCACACAUCAUUUACCCCACUAAUGGUCCACAAUUGUGGCCUUUAGAUAAUCAGUCCACCAUGAAUCCACCCAUUAUGCGAAGGGCCAUAGGUCGUCCCAAGAAAAUGAGGAACAAAGCUAAUGAUGAACCAAGACUAAAGCAUGUACUGCCCAGGAAACUUGCAACAGUUACUUGUCAUAAAUGUGGAGGAAUGGGACAUAACAAGAGAAGCUGCAAAGGCAAGACAGCUGCUGAUAGAGCCAUCCCAAAAGGGGGAAACAAGAAGAAGAUUGCUGGUGGACAGAAGAAGAAAACAAAGCCAAAUGAAGAGGAGAUUGGAAACUCAUCCCAAGCACCAAUGGCUACACAACCAUCUCAGCAGUAGUGCCAAGAAGAUUACUUGUAUUUUGGAUCACUUGUAUUUUGGAUAAUUAGUAUUUUGGUUAAGUUGUAUUAUGGUGUAACCUAGUAUUUUGGAUAACCUACUUCUGUCAUGAAUUUGCUAUUAUGGUGUACUUG